CAACAAACUUGUAAACUUUAACUUCCUUGGCGGCCAAAUUCUUAUAUUCUCGCUACAAUUGGUCUGUUCAUCCUUCAGCUGCUAGCACAACAGUCUUUCAUCUCUUUUUAUUAUAACCACAACCAAUUAUGAGCAAGACGGCUAUGCCAAGUUCUACUGCGAACUGGCACUGGAAAAAUAAAAAUGUCACUCCAUGGGCAAAGGAAUGGUUCCAGCGAGAGCUGACAGCUAUCGUGAUCGAAGGAACCGAGGGAAACGUCGCGAUUUCUUCUGUGAGGAUUGACGAGGGCGAUGUUGAGCUCGGUCAGCGCAAGUCAAAGUUGAUCACGAUAUACGAUAUUCAAAUCAGGCUAGAUUGGCAAGGGGCCACGAGUGAUGGGACAGAUGUAGUUGGAAAACUCAGCAUCCCAGAAGUCUCGCAUGAAAUCACGCUGGAUAAGCUGUCAGACUACGUCUACAACUGGACGCUCGACACUACUUCUAGUCCUGCAGUGAACGCGCUCUUCGCUUUUGUCAAGACACGUCUCCCAUCUGCUCUCGAGGCCAAGUUUGCCGAGUUCCCUGCGGCUCUCAUCGAUACCCAUGGAAAGGACCUUACUGUCAGCGGGGAAUCUAGCCGCACAGGUACCCCAGCUCUUUCUAUGGACGCAGUUGCUGCGACGGCCACAUCAGCCUCUACGACCGUUCCAAAACCUGCCCCGGUCAAACAAUCUCAACUUAACACGUCCAGUGUAGUCAAGGAAGCGACGUUUAUGGCCGCUUCAGACGAUCUUUUCGGACUCUUCACGGAUGAAAAGAGAAUUCCUUUGUGGACCCGUGCACCAGCUCAGUCUGCAGCGCAAGCAGACACCGAGUACUCGUUGUUUGGUGGUGGUGUCAAGGGAAAGUAUGUGUCACUGACGCCAGGCAAGGAGAUUGUGCAGACUUGGGCUUUACAAAGUCCUACGUGGCCAUCAGAGCACUUUGCAACACUGACAACGACUUUCGAGCAGUCGUCUGAUUCGACAAAAGUGAGGUUUACUCUUGAUGGCGUGCCGAAAGGCAUGGAAGAGGAAAUCACCAGGAAUUUGGAGGGAUACUACAUACACGGCCUUAAAUCCAUUGGGUUGGGCACAGUUCUCUGAUCGAGUCGCUUCGCGCGGCGAAAGGAAAGGAAAUGUCAUUAAGUGUAUCGCAGGUGUCUCUAGGUGAUCAAGAAGAAAUGCGCGGUGUAGGAGGAUUUAUACAGUAGAACCGAGCGUGGAAUGGUGUAUAGAAAGGUAUAGAAUUGGUAGAAAUGAAUACAUUUCGAGUUUUUUGUAC